AUGGCUCCAUCAUUAGAGCACUUUGUCCUACCCCAAGCUGACAAGGGACCAGCUGCCCACGUCUUCCUGGCUCUUGUUCCUGUGGCUCUGGGCUGGAGCGUGGUGGGGUGGAAGCCCAGGGAUGGCAGCUCUCAGGGCUACACCCGCAGGUACCGAUUACUCCAAAGUCGUGAUGCAGGCAGGGCUGGAGGGCAGGGCGCUGAGCAUGUGCUGCUGUUUGCAGGAGCUGUUGGGGUUGGAGCUGGACUCGGAGGUGUAGGGCUCGGUGUUGGCGCGAAACCUCCCAAGCCAGGCCUUGGGGGACUCGGCGCACUUGGCCUGCAGCCAGGUGGUGUAGUCCAGCCAGGUUUCUACCCGGGCGGCCUCUACCCAGGGGCUGGGCUGGGAGCCUAUAAAGCUGCUGCAAAAGCUGCUGCUGGUGUGGGCGGAGUGGGCGGAGUCAGCGGUGUGGGUGGACCCGGCGGUGUUGGGAUCUCCAUAGGUGCUGUAGUGCCCCAGGCUGGGGUGCAGCCACGAGUAGGCGCUGCAGGGAAACCUGCCAAGGUACCAGGUGUUGGCAUUCCAGGUGUGUACCCGGGUGGCGUGCUUCCAGGAACAGGGGUCCGUUACCCUGGCAUAGGCGUCCUGCCUGGUGUGCCCAUUGGGACUGGAGUCAAGGCAAAAGCCCCAGGAGCAGCAGGAGCCCUUGCAGGAAUUCCCGGAUUUGGAGCCUUCGGGGGCCCGCAGCCCGGCGUCCCUCUGGGAUAUCCCAUCAAAACCCCCAAGCUCCCAGGUGGCUAUGGGCUGCCCUACAGCACUGGAAAGCUGCCUUACGGGUACGGACCAGGUGGGCUAGGUGCUGGUGCUGCGGGAAAGGCAGGAUACCCCACAGGGACAGGAGUUGGAGCUCAGGUAGCAGCAGCUAAAGCAGCAGCUAAAUAUGGUGCUGGCGUCGUGCCUGGUGCUGCUGGCAUCCCCGGAGUCGGAGGUCUUGGAGGCCUGGUGCCCGGAGUUGGGGGCCUCCCUGGAGUUGCAGGUGUCCCUGGGGUUGCAGGAGUUGAAAGCCCAGCGGCAGCGGCAGCAGCAGCAGCAAAAGCAGCCAAGUACGGUAAGAUGGCCAUCUACUCCUUCAGUGCGUGCCGCACCAUGAAGGGUCCAGCGCGGCUGGUGUUGGAGGCCUGGUGCCCGGUGUUGGUGUCCCUGGUGUGGUGCCCGGUGUUGGCGGGAUCCCUGGUGUUCCUGGUGUGCCGGGCGUGGUGCCCGGUGUCGGCGGUGUCCCAGGAGUUGGAGUUGGAAUACCAGCGGGAGCGGCAGCAGCAGCAGCAGCAAAAGCCGCCAAGUACGGCGCGGCUGGUGUUGGAGGCCUGGUGCCCGGUGUUGGUGUCCCUGGUGUGGUGCCCGGUGUUGGCGGGAUCCCUGGUGUUCCUGGUGUGCCGGGCGUGGUGCCCGGUGUCGGCGGUGUCCCAGGAGUUGGAGGUGAAGUUGCAUGAUUGGCCCUGUCGAUGGGCCUGUGGGGUUGUGUUCUCCCCAUCUCAGAGCCCUGACUCUCUCUCUACUGUGUCCCAAACAGUUGGAAUACCAGCGGGAGCGGCAGCAGCAGCAGCAGCAAAAGCCGCCAAGUACGGCGCGGCUGGUGUUGGAGGCCUGGUGCCCGGUGUUGGUGUCCCUGGUGUGGUGCCCGGUGUUGGCGGGAUCCCUGGUGUUCCUGGUGUGCCGGGCGUGGUGCCCGGUGUCGGCGUUGUCCCAGGAGUUGGAGUUGGAAUACCAGCGGGAGCGGCAGCAGCAGCAGCAGCAAAAGCCGCCAAGUACGGCGCGGCUGGUGUUGGAGGCCUGGUGCCCGGUGUUGGUGUCCCUGGUGUGGUGCCCGGUGUUGGCGGGAUCCCUGGUGUUCCUGGUGUGCCGGGCGUGGUGCCCGGUGUCGGCGGUGUCCCAGGAGUUGGAGUUGGAAUACCAGCGGGAGCGGCAGCAGCAGCAGCAGCAAAAGCCGCCAAGUACGGCGCAGCUGGAGUUGGAGGCCUGGUGCCCGGUGUUGCCGGUGUCCCUGGCGUGGUGCCCGGUGUUGCCGGUGUCCCUGGCGUGGUGCCUGGUGUUGCCGGUGUCCCUGGUGUGGUGCCUGGUGUCGGCGUUGUCCCAGGAGUUGGAGCUGUAAGCCCGGCAGCAGCGAAAGCAGCAGCAAAAGCAGCAGCAUACGGGGUUGGACGCGUACCAGGUGUGGCACCCGGAGUUGGAGGUUUGGUGCCUGGUGUUGGUGGAGUCCUGGUGCCCGGCAUUGGAGGAGUUGUCAGUCCAGCAGCAGCAGCCAAAGCAGCGGCUAAAGCAGCCAAGUACGGUGCUGGCGUCGCACCUGGAGUCGGCGGGGUGCCAGGCUUAGUGCCUGGGGCCGGCAGGCUGCCAGUCGUAACGCCGGGGGCUGCCGGGCUGCCAGUCGUAACGCCGGGGGCUGCCGGGGUGCCAGUCUUUGUGCCCGGUGCAGGAAGAGUGCCAGUUCCGGGCAUUAUACCUGGAGCAGGGAUUCCCCAGCUGGGCGUGCAGCCAGGCGCCAAGCCUCCAAAGUACGGGUUCGGUGUUGGGGGCCUGCAGCCAGGGGCUGGAGUUCCUGGCUUCGGUUUGUCUCCCAUUUACCCAGGUGGACUCGCUGGCCAGCUGGGAUACGGUGGAAAACCUCUCAAGACCUAUGGUGGGGCCCUGGGAGCCCUGGGAUACAUAGGUGGCCUGGGCUGCGCGCAAGGGAAGUACUGUGGCAGGAAGCGGAAGUAACCCAGCCAGGCUGCUACCAUUAACCUCAUGAACUCUGGUGCUACUGCAUGGUCUAGAAUGUAAACCCUGAGUAAAGCAGUGAUCCCGCCUCCCUCCCCCGCUCCCCCCGCUGGCCCCCCGGAGGGAACUCCGUGGCCCCUGACGCCCCCUUCACUCUGGCCCGGGGGUCCCCGCCCUCUCUCCAGCGGGAAGCACAGAACAAACUGCGGGAAACAACGAUCCCACUGGUGCUAAAGCUCCCUGCGGGGAGAGCCGGGCAGGCCUCCAUAGGGCGGGGGCUUCUCUGGGCAAGGCUCCUCCCCAGGGGCCCUGGCGGGGAGGAGAUGGGGGCUGGUUUCCAAGAGACCAGCAAGGGGCUGGGCUCCACCUGCCGCCAGCACAUGGGCGAAUGGCCCAUCAACAACGCCCAGCUCCAGCACAUCCCAGCUGCUCCCAAGACUCUGUCCAGCUGGCAUUGGUGCCACGUGCCAGGGACUGCUUAGCAGCUAGCCAGCCUUGAGCCCCUGCCCUUGUAUCUGUCAGCCCCAUCCAUGCCUGCCCGCCCCAGGGCAGGGUGCCACGGGAUGGGGUUCGUGGGCUCCAUGCAGGCAGGCAGGGGACUGCCUCCUGCUCAGACACUCAUGCCAGUAGGGCCUCGUGGGUGGGUUAAAUUCACCCCGAGUUCUUUGCGGCAGGGCCAUCUGAUUGGCUGACCUGUCCUCGCGCUGGAGGACACGACCCUCCCGGUGCGUGGGGAGGGGCUGGCACUAUCAGCAGAGCCAAGUCACUAACGCUGAUGGGAUUAGCCAUGCGCCCGCCCUCACUUAGCAGUACUGUACGGGCAGCCAGCGCCAGCCCAGCCCUGCCGUGUCUCCGAGACCCCGCUGGGACCUGCCCUUCCUCUUGCCCUGGAUGCCCGUGUGUUCCUGAGAGCCGUGGGCCAGAAGGAAUCGCACCUCUCCAUGUUACUCACUUGGUAUAGCUCGGGUGGGACAUGUUAUAAAGAGGGAAAGUAACUGCUUCCAAACGACUAAUAAACGAUGACUUCUAAACGA